UCCGCUUUGCGCGACCGCGAGCGCAGCGCGCAAUCCAAACCUGGUGCUGCUGCUGCUGCUGCUGCUGCGAGGAGGAGGAGUUGUUGUACGAGGAGGAGGAGGAGGAGAACUCAGUCUGUGGAUGACAAGCCACACACACACACACACACACACAUUACCAGAGGAGCCCAAGUUCGACUCCAGCCGACGGAGUCCAGGCUUGUUUACCUUGUACCCGGCACUGAGGGACACUGCUGCGCGGGCACAGCAGAAACAGGAGCGGCUGUCUGUCUGUCUGACUGUCUGUCUGACUGUCUGUCACAACCAUGUCAGCUGCAACAGCUUCAGUAGCAGAUGUGUCCAGGACUGACAGAGAUGACGCCCGUCACCGGAAUAACUCCGGCCGGUCCCCGUCUCAGUGUGCACCGAUCCCGCUGCCAGCCCUGGGCACACAGAAGAUCGUCCAGGGCAAUGGCACCACCGUGGGCACGGUCAUCUCGCUGCAGUGUCCGGCCAAACACAAACUGGUAGGGCAGCAGCUGACGUGUGUCCUGGACAGAAACAGCACCCACUGGGAGGGGAAGACGUUCUGUCAGCCUCUGACUCCCUACGAGGACUACGGUUUCCGUGUGGCCGUGGUGGCGUCCAUCAUCAGCUCGGCCAUCAUCCUCCUCAUGUCCAUGGCCUUCAUCACCUGCUGCUGGGUGGACUGCAUCAAAAAGGAAGCGAAGAAAAAGCAGGAGAGCAGGGCAUCAAACAUGUGCCAGUUUGAGGAGCAGGUCCAACACCGGGACAACAACUGGUCUCACUUCAGCCACAAAGGCAGGAACAACAACAACAACACCCAGGAGAAGAUGCUGUCUCUGUGGGACACUCACAACCCGCCUGCGUGUGACAACAGGCAGACCUGCAGAUGCCAUCAGGAGUUCUCUCACAGACAUGUCCACACAAACAGCCCCUCCGCUCACCUUGCUCCUCUCCCCGGUCCGGACUACGAGCAGCCUCUCAUGGCACAGAAUCCACCGCCACCUCAGUACCCCGGACCUAACUUGUCCCCCUAUCAAACCACGAGCCCGAGCCUGGUCCAGAUCUCGGCAAUGGGGCCCAGGCUGGUGUGGCAGUAUGACAGGCCGCAUAUCGGUCAAUCGACUGCGGAGGACUUUAACACGAGGAGUUCAAACCACGCCAAAGAAUUUUCCAUAAGGAUUAUAUCGGUGUGA